AAUAAGCCAAUUAAUGGCAUUUGGAGGCGGGACAACAUGGCAGGAACUCACUGUACAACAGUUAGCUCUUGAGGUGUUAAAACUGUAACGUUACAUCAGUUUAAUAAGAAAAUAAACAUUGUUUGCCUUCAACGGAAGACGUGUUUAUUGACAUAUUAAAACCUUCUUUACUUUUACUCAUGUUUAAUAUGCAGCGUCGAUAUAAAGGUGUCGAGAAAGAUGUUUAGCUAACGUUAGCUCAAGAAUGCUAAUGAUUACAACUUGCUAACUUAACUUAGCUGACAAGUAAACAUGCUACAUCAGCUAACCUUACACAGUUGUACACAUAGAGGCGACUGAAAGACAACGUGGUGUGAGGAUCUUUACUUUUGGGCCCAGACAGCAGGGAUGAGCAAGUGGAACAGGCGAGAAGGGCAGCCACCGCACAGGCGACAAGGUGCUGGUCAACGCCACGGCUGGUACAGAGACAACCGGCGAAGAUCAACACAGGACGAACAGUGGUCUGAACAUAAUAAUGCAGGGUCAUCAUUUAGAGCAUCUCAGAGGAGAUAUGAAAACCAGUCCGCCUCUUCCUCGUCCUCGUCCUCAUCCUCCUCACCUUCCUCAUCCUCCUCUAAGGCCAGCAGUGCUGCACCAGAGCUGCCUGGUUUCUACUUUGACCCGGAGAAAAAUCGUUACUUCCGCCUGUUACCCGGACACAACAACUGUAACCCACUGACCAGAGAGCAGUUGAAGGAGAAAGAGAGAGAGAAAGAGAGAAACAAGAUGCUUGCGGAGGAUGAAAAGCCCAGAAAAAAAGCACCAAGAACAGGACUGAACACUUCGCUGCUGCUGCAGAAAAGACACCUUGGCUUGUUACCUGAGAACUCCUAUUGCAGGCUGGUCCAUGAGGUGAAGGUCAGUGGGAUGAGACGCCACAAACUAGAGAUCCAGAGCACGGACAACAGCAACCCCAAUACUGACAACUUCAGACUCAUAGUGGGGGACUCGGCAUGCGAGCGAGUGUUCACAGUCAAUGAUGUCUCGCACGGAGGCUGCAAGUACGGCAUCAUGAACUUCAGCAGCAGCAGCCGGGGAUCUCUGUCUGUGGAAAUGUGUGACAACCUCUACUUCACCAAUCGCAAGGUGAAUUCCAUCUGCUGGGCCUCAGUCAACUACCCAGACUCCCACGUCUUGCUGUGUCUGGUAGGAGUGGCAGACACCCCUGGCUGCGUCAGUUUACUUCCUGCUUCCCUCUUCAGCAACUCUAACCCAGACCAGCCCGGGAUGCUGUGCAGCUUUAAGAUAUCCUCUGCCUGGUCUUGUGCUUGGUGUCUCAACCCCCAGUUUGACAAGACCUUCAGCACUGGCCUGUCUCGCAGGGUGAUAGUGAAAGAUGCAGAGACGGGGCGAACGCAGACGUACAGCACUGGCAGCGAUGUCUUGGCUCAGCAGUUUGCGCUUAGGGUCCCUGUGCUGUUUAAUGGUUGCCGAUCAGGGGAGAUCUUCAGCAUUGACCUGCGGCAGCGCAGCCGCAGGGAUCAAAGCUGGAAAGCCAGCCGCUUCCAUCAAGAAUCAGCCAUCACCUCUGUACACGUCCUGCAGGACGAGAACUACCUGCUUGCUGCUGACAUGCUGGGCCAGAUUAAGCUGUGGGAUGUGCGUGUGACAAAACCAGUGCAGGAGUACAAAGGGCACUACAAUGAGCAUGCCUACCUUCCCAUCCACGUCAAUGAGCCUGAGGGGCUUUUGUUGGCAGUUGGUCAGGAUUGCUACACAAGGUUAUGGAGCCUAAAAGACGGUCACCUACUGAGGACUAUCCCAUCACCCCACCCGGCUGCAAACGACCUGAUCCCGAGCGUGGUCUUCUCCUCCAAGUUGGGUGGUUGCAGGGGGCUCCCCGGCCUGCUCAUGGCUGUCAAACACGACCUUUACUACUUCCCGUACAACACCGACUACCAGGAAGGAGGAGAGCAGCAGGCUGGCUUUUAGGAAAAGACUGAACAUGCUUCAUCUCACAAAUCAUUUCUUAAAACAAGGACAGCAUAAUUUUGUUGCCAAAUGUAUAAAUGGAGUUAUAUUCAUAUACAAAAUAGGUAUUUUAUAAAUGAAAGGAUUUGGCCAGUAUGCAGUUCAUUUCCACAAGACCUCAGAAGCGUUACAGUCUCAGGGGAAUGUUAUUUUUGACUUGUUUGUGCCAAAAAGAAAUACAAUUACUACAGUUAAGAUAGUGCUUUCUGUAACCUUUACAAAAAAGUGCACUUAUUUAUGACAUGAUUGUCUAAUUUAGGAUGUCUCUGAUCUGAAUUUGAAAAGGACGAUACUACAUUCAUACUGUAAAUCAACACAUUUUCUAAUUGAAAAAAAAAAUCAAUAAAACAGUGAUAUAUUGCA